GUGGUGGUUGGCUGUGAACAGGAAAGGAAUAACCAGAGGCAUUUGCGGAGAAUGCAGUACCUGGAGCCGGUGCUUCAAUCAACGCUACUUGAACCUAUUGUCCGUUGGCCCGCCAGGAGCGCAGGAGUAAACGACGCAUUGAACCCCGACGCCUGAGUUUUACUCGAGCAGUGUCAGGUAGAUUCCGAUACGCAGCUUGCGAUAAAGUAUGCGACAGAUGUAACCCCACUUCAUUCGCCAAAUGACCCCACCCGUCUACCCAUCAUCCACAAUGGUCGUGCUGUCCACCGUAGCAACUCACGCCUUCGACAAAAGUUGUCCCUAUUUAUCGCUCAAAUCCAGUGCGGCAGUCUCUACACCUAACUUGUUAUCACAGCGAUCAGCCAGACAAUCUUCAUUUCGGGACAUUCAGUGGCGCAGUGUGUCACGUCGCAUCGGAGAGCAGAUACUCUGUGGCCCCGGCCUUGCUUUCGAUAUCAAGUCACUGCAUUCCCAAGAUACGAACCUGCAUGUCAGUGCUCCCGUCCUAACGCAGGGGAUCCUGGAGGUGAUGUUUCUAUCAGACGGUCCAGCGAUAUCAGAGAAUAUCACAUACCCGAGCAUAUUUGACCUCAGGUGCGAUAGCAACGUGCGAAAUAAGUUCCGGACUGUUAGGAGCGUUACUACAGAAGCCACCUCGUUGAGUUUAGAGGUCACAUCCUUUACGCGAACGGAUGUGAGUUCCCUUGCUGCUAGCGGAAGGGAUGGCGUAGGGAUUCCAUCAGCCUCACGGAAGAGAAGGAAAAACAACGCCUGUGGGCCAAGUUCACGCAACACUCAUCGAGACAAACCCAGUGAGCUUCAGCUUAACAAGGGCAUUGUUCGGCCUGGCGAUGGCAAGUGCUCACAUUUUUGCUGUUGUUGUUGUUGCCAUCUUGAUAAUAGUUCUCAUUGCCGUCCGGGAAGCUCAUCACAGUCCCCAAAGGGAGCGCGCGUCAGGCCCAUCCAUUCCAAACUUCCUCUAUGCACAGCCAAACGCAUGGAAACCCCCAACCCCGAGGAAAACUACAAGACAUGACGGAAUCGCGAAUAGGUCCCUGUUACCUUUGGACAGGGGAUCAUUCCGCUGUUCGGCUCAAAAGUGCUUCAUCACUGCUAUGCAAAAGAAACCCAGACGUACAUCGUGCUCCCAUCGGUGAGGGCAUCCACUAAGAAAGUUGUAAGCAUUUUUCGCGCCUGAUAAGACAGUUAAGCACACGAUGCAUUUGCCCUACUAGAAGUUAGCGGUGGUUUGUGCAAUAACGAGACAGUACGAGUACCCGGCCCCGGCCUUCUGCCAUAUUACCAUUCCCAACCUUACCUGUCAUGUCCAGACGCUGAAUUCACUUAAUAAUGGCUUGAGAAUACUCUCUCGAUUCCGUACACGGCAACAGUAAUAUCAUGGAAGCCCCCAACUGGUAAGAUGAAUUAUUUGAG